AUGGAGCUGUGCUGGUGCCUGCCUGCCUGCCUGCUUGCCUGCUGGUGGAGAAGGAACGGAAUGGAGAGGCAGGUGCAGUGCGGAGAACCAGCCUAUGGUGGCGGAGCCGACCUCUAUCACGUUGAAGACGUGCACAGCCUUCGCGCCUCUUUACUACUAGCAAAUCUGACAAGCACCACCAUCAUCAACCUUGUCAAGCCCUCAGUGGCUCCCCUUGCAGCCUGCGAUCCUUCCGUGGCCAUGGGCCCGUCCAAGGGAAUUGAUCGGACUGACUGGCUUCUCAUUGUUGUUUUCGAGCCCUUCAACCAUACACAUGCCCUGGACCUAGCCGUCGAUGAUCGGUUGCCCCCCAUCGCGGCCUCGUGCAUUCCCAUAUUACCAUCUGUAAAGUCAAACGAGUGGGGACAUCCGACCUGGACCACUAGGAGAAUCACUGUCACUGCCCACCGCUGUGGCCCCAGGCUACGGACAAAGAGCUUGCAUGAGGCCUUGACAGGACGCCAUGCUACCACCAUGUGUUUCGGUUGCCGCUGUCUAUGCUACCUUGGCCUAUUCCAAGGGCCCAACCAAGGCUGGCCCGUCCCUUGGGUCAAGUAA